AUAAAAAGUCGGCUUUGUGAGGAUCAUCUCAACUUGGAAUCAUCCCAAUUGUUGGGAUGGGAGGGAUUGGGAAGACCACUCUCGCUAGUGAAUUCAAGAACGCGGUUGAGGAACUGGAAGAAUAUGAGCAUGUGGAUGGGGAUGGGGAUGGUGAUGAUGAUGAUGAUGAUGAUGAUGAUGGUGAGGAUGAGGAUGAGGAGGAUGAAUAUGAUGAGGAUGAGGAGGAUGAUGAUGAUGAGGAGGAGGAGGAGGAGGAGGAUGAGGAUGAUGAGGAUGAUGAGGAAGUAUAUGAGUAUUCGGACAAGGAGUUACUGAAAGAACGAGUGUAUAAACACUUGAAAGGGAGGAGAUAUCUUGUGGUGAUGGAUGAGAUGUGGGAUACAAAUGUGUGGGACGAUCUACGAAGGAUGUGUCCAGAUGAUAUUAAUGGGAGCCGGAUUAUAAUAACUACGAGGGAGAUGAAUGUAGCUUCUUACAUCAUCUCUGUCAUCCAUCCAUACCAAAUGCGUUUGAUGUCUGUAGAUCAGAGCUGGAGUUUACUGAAAGAGAGGGUUUUUGGAAAGGAAAGUUGCCCUCUCGAGAUUGAGAAAAUUGGACAAGUGGUUGCAGAGAAAUGUCGAGGGCUUCCACUUGCAAUCAUUGUAAUAGCUGGAGUUGUGUCUCGUGAGGUUAUCCAGAGGAAAGAUUCUUGGGAAAAGAUUGCUGGGAAUGUACAUAAGCUUGUUUCCUCAAAUGAUGAGCAUUACAUUGAAAUAUUGUCUUUGAGUUAUAUGUACUUGCCUAAUUGUCUGAGGCCUUGUUUUCUGGACAUGGGGUGUUUCCCAGAAGAUUACGAGAUCAAUGUGUCAAAGCUCAUCAGGUUAUGGGUGGCCGAGGGUUUUCUGACACCAAAUGGAUCAAAAGACAUGGAAGAGUUGGGAUAUGAGUAUUUGGAAGAUUUAGCUGCAAGAAGCCUUGUUUUGAUCCAUGAGAAAGGAUCCACUGGCAAGAUCAGAACGGUGAAGAUCCAUGAUCUCUUGCGAGACCUCUGCAUAAGAAAAUGUCGGGAUCAUGAUUUUUCUUGCACCAUUACUGAAUUCUCCGGCAGCUUUCCUCAAGGUAUUGAGAAUUCAAACCGCCUAAGUAUAGUUUGUAAUGUCUUCGGUUGCAUUCCAAACAUGGAGACUUCACCUUUGCAUACCAUCCUUCUUUUCAAGCACUGGGCCUUUGAUUCUUGGAAAAAGUUUAGACUUCUCAAGGUUUUGGAUGGAUUAAGUGUAAAACUUAUAUCACCCAGCUGUGUUACAUAUGUUGGUGAGCUAGUUCACUUGAGAUACCUUAGUUUGACACAUGAACCAAUUAGAAAGCCGCUGAGACUUGUAUCUGAGUCCUUGUACCAGCUUCACAAUCUUCAAACCCUAAUAGUUAGGAUUUUGAGUGGCGUUGGGAUGCAAUUCUCAAGUUUGGAUGAUGAACACUUGAAUCAGUGGUAUAUGAAAUUUGAAAUUUGGAGAGUUGAGGCACGUUAUACUAUUGGAUGGCUUUUUGCCUGA